AUGUACUUUUCGAGAUUUUUCAGCAGCGCUGCCGCCACAGCUUUGCUGCUGGCAGGCUCCAGUUGCGCUUCUGGACUGUCGAAAACUCCUUACGACAAGUACGCUCUCUUUGCUCAGCAAGCGGUAUCAGGAGACGUUUCGACGGCAGUUCUGGUCAAGCCAACCUGGAUGCGUUUGCAGCAGCACCUGGCUAUUCCCGACACAUCGGAUCCGGCUCUUGCUUAUUCGGCGCUGAGCUCAAUCGUGCCUGGCCUCAACAUUUCGGUCCUACAGGGCGACAACAGCAAUUACUCGCUUUCUGGGAUUGCCAUCAACAACACUGCGAGUCUCAACGGAAGCGAGAUCGCCCGUGCACGCGACUGUCCAUCUAUCGAGUUUAUCACCACACGUGGUGCCAACGACUCAUUUGAACAGAGCUUCUGGCUGAUGGAGAUGGCUCGUCAAGUCAUGUCGCGUCUGCCCAACGGCACAUCGAGGAGGACCGAGACCAACUACGACUCAUUCACAGGCAAUGAUAUGACGUCGCAAGUCAGCUCGGCACUCAACGGCAGCUGGUGGGUGGCCAACUACACGACACUGCUCGCUCAGAGCUGUCCCAACACUAAAAUCAUUAUGAUGGCCUACUCGCUCGGUGCCGCCGCCAACAUAGUCGCUUCCACCCGUCCUCGUUUCCCCGCCAGCCGGAUCAGUGCCGCUGUCUACUGGGGCUCGCCGCUCUUCUCUCCUGGCCGUCCACAGAACCGCGGUACUGCUCAGUCCGCACUUGGCCAGUUUGGACUUUUGGGCUACCGCACUCCUCGCGGCAUGCAGCCCAAAGUACGAGACUACUGCAAGACCGGAGACAUCAUUUGUACUGGGUGGGGUAACCUCACAGUGCACUUGUCGUAUGCAAAUUCGUCCUACCAGGAUGAGACGGUCGAAUACCUGGUUCAAUCUGUCCUCGAGGCCUGA